GUGAUCUACCUGGAAUGCUUGGCAUUGUAUGGCAUUGGCAUUUUGCUUGCACGCUUAGAUCCGGAGGCUGUGCAAGUAGCAGUUACCAGCGUUUACCAGAAACCGGUAUCACCUGACAAUUGUCAAAUUUCCUAACCAACAGUACGAGGCAGAAGACCUGUUCCGCACCACUCCUGUAAAACACAACAAUGGUCGAUUACAGCAAGUGGAAAAACAUAGAGAUAUCUGAUGACGAAGAUGACACCCAUCCCAAUAUCGAUACUCCGUCACUGUUUAGGUGGCGGCAUCAGGCUAGAUUGGAAAGGAUGCAGGAACAAAGAGCAGAACAGGAGAAGCAUGAAAGAGAAAAAGAGGAAAUUGCGCGAAAGUUGAAAGAGGCGGAGGAAAAGUUGAGCAAGGUAGAAAAGGGUGAGGAAAAGGACCAGCAAGACCUGACAUCUGUUAAAAAGGCAUUGGAAGAGCUUAAAAUGAAAGAGUCUGAAAUAUUGCACAAGGAAGAAGAAUUAAAGAAGAAGGAAAAGUUACAACCUUGGAAUGUGGAUACAAUUGCCCAACCAGGUUUUACAAAGACGGUGAUAAAUACAAAGCCAGCUAGAAAGGAAGAUGAGAGUAACUUGCCAGAUGAAGAGAAAGAGAACAGGAUGAAGCAGUUUGUUAAGCGUAAUGAAAAAACUUUGAAGGAAUUUGGUAUGCUGCGGAGGUAUGACGAUAGUAAGAAAUAUCUCCAGGACCACCCAGAUUUGGUUUGCGAAAAUACGGCGAAUUACUUGGUCAUUUGGUGUAUCAACUUGGAAAUGGAAGAGAAACACGACCUAAUGGAGCAUGUAGCUCACCAGUGCAUUUGCAUGCAGUAUAUUCUUGAACUCUCCAAGCAGCUAGAUGUCGACCCACGUGCCUGUGUCGGAUCUUUCUUCAGUCGUAUACAAAUCGCUGAGGUUGAAUAUAAAAAUUCCUUUGAUGACGAACUGAAGUCCUUUAAGGAAAGGAUUCGCAAGAGAGCGGCAGAAAAAGUAGCUGAGGCACUAAAAGAAGCCGAAGAGGAAGAAAGAAAGAGUCGCCUUGGUCCUGGAGGUCUAGAUCCGGUCCAAGUGUUUCAAGAACUUCCUGAGGCCUUACAAAAGUGCUUUGAGGCACAGGAUAUACCGUUGUUGCAACAGACGAUAGCAUCAAUGCCAGAAGAGGAAGCAAGAUACCACAUGAAACGAUGCAUCGAUAGCGGACUAUGGGUCCCAGAUGCAAAGGCUGCUAAAGAACAACAGGAAGAAGAAGAAGCCAUCGGAACUCCAGACCCUGAAUAAUAAUAUUUAGCAUAAAUUGACGAAAAAUUAUUACUCGAAUUAUUUUUCGUUCAAUACAACAUGCACUUAUACUCAAUUGUAAUGUAUUACAUAACUGGGUAUUACUUAUGUUGCUGUUUUGUCGAAAAACUGAUCAUUCGUUGCAGAAGAAUAAUAAUCAUAUUGGUCAUGUUGACUAAAUGUCAGUCAGAUCAUAUGAAAAGAGUCUUUGAGAUUAUUGUUCUGAUUUAUUGGAAGAACUGACAAUACAGUGGUGUUACGUCAAAUUCAAGACGAAAAGUAAACUAGACAUUCUCCAUUGCGUAUAAUGUCUUUUUGCUGUAAAACUGCCGUUUUUUUUUAUCCUUACAAGUGAAAAAAAAUGAUUAUUAUGAUUAUUGUCAUUGUUGUUGUUAAUGUUGCUGCCGCCAUAGCUGCUACAUAUUACAUUCAUCGUCGACGCUUCAACGAUUCACAAUUUCAAGAACAAUAUGACUGACAGGGGAGAUUUCAGUGUCAUUCUACUCUGUAUAAAAUUAGAAAAUAAUAAACCCUGUAAAUACAUGCCGAUUCUU